AUGCUGUUUCUGCAACUUACUUUGUUAGCUGUCCUUCUCCCAGGUGGCUACAAUGAAGAUAAGAACGUCCCUGAGCCCAUCUUUUUCCGUCUCCUCCUUAUCUCAUCCUUUGCCAACCAAACCUGGCCACAGAACCAGGGCUCCGCUUGGCUGGACGAGUUGCAGACUCCCGGCUGGGACGGUGAAUCAGGCACUAUAAUUUUCCUGCGUCCUUGGUCCAAGAGCAACUUCAGCGAGGAGGAGCUGCGAGACCUAGAACUGCUCUUCCAAAUGUACUUCACUGGGUUUACUCGGGAGGUUCAGGACCAUGUCCACACAAUGCAGUUUGAAUACCCGUUGGAAAUACAGGUUUCAGCUGGCUGUGAGGUGCACUCCAAUGAGACCCCACAAGGCUUCUUCCAUGUUGCUUAUGGAGGAACAAACUUUCUGAGCUUCCAGAACUCAUCAUGGGUACCAUCUCCAGAGGGAGGGAGUAUGGCCCAGAAUGUGUGCAAUCUAAUCAACCAGUACCAAGGCAUCCGGGAUACAGUACGGUGGCUCAUCAGACACACCUGCCCGCGAUUUAUCUUAGGCCUCCUGGCUGCAGGGAAGAUGGAUCUCCAGAGACAAGUGAAGCCGCAGGCCUGGAUUUCCAGUAGCCCAACAGCCAGUCUCGACCGGCUACUACUGGUUUGCCAUGUGAAUGGUUUCCACCCGAAGCCUGUUUGGGUGGUAUGGAUGCAAGGCAAACAGGAGCCACCAGGCACUAAACAAGGAGAUUUCCUUCCCAAUGCUGACGGGACAUGGUAUCUUUGGGUUUCUCUGGAUGUGGCAAGGGAAGAUGCAGUUGGUCUGUCUUGCCAGGUGAGGCACAGCAGUUUGGGUGGCCAACACAUCAUCAUCUACUGGGGACACCAUGUCUCAAUGAACUUGAUCCCCUUGGCAGUGAUAGCGCCCUUGAUACUUUUAAUAGGUCUUGUAUUGUGGUUUAAGAAGCGCUGGUGA